UCAGCGUUGCGCAGACGUGUUUGGACAAGAAAGAACGCAGCCAUUUCCCAAGCCUGUUAUAUUGCGUCAAGAGGGUAUGCGCAGUUGGAACAAAAUGAUCUACGGAAAGUGCAAUUCUAAGCGUUAUUUUUUAUUGUCACCUGUGAGCAAAGGAGUCCAGAGUGCCAAACUUUUAUACGAAUUAUUUUUGAUCAUUUUAACAAUUAAUUGAACUCAGACAUUGCAUAUUUUCUCCACACAAUCCCGAAAAACAUAUUUCUAGACAAAUCCUAGCUGCAGUUAUGAACGUUAAAACGGAAGCGUCUUUGGUAGAGUAUGCGUCGUCGUCGCUUUUUCCCGACAGUCCAGGUUCAUGUACCCCUGCAGACGGUACCAGCAGAGCGCGUGGAGGAGGCGGAUUCGCGACUAGACACCAGGAGAGCCCACCGUGCCAACAGCCUGCUGCUAACACCUCCGCUAUCUUAUUGUGUCCUGUGAGCGCUGACAGGUUGUACUCCUUCACAGUCGCAGAAGGGAAAACCAUUCUGAAGCUCUCCCCAGCAGACAAGGUGACCACAGGAGAGUUCACCUACCAGAGCAUCGUGUUCCUGAUCGAGGCGGUGGGCCGCCGCUGGAGUCUGUACGGGACACGUGAGCGCUCGCAGCUCUUCCAGAGCGUCCAGAAGGAGCUCGAGGCCCAAGGUCACCCCCUGCCUGUGGAGCGCAUCCGCCGCAAGUGGAACAACCUGAUCGUCACCUACAAGAGGGUGAAAGACCGUGGCCGGGAGACGGGCCAGGCCAAAACCUCCUGGGAGUACUUUGAGAUGAUGGAAGCCAUGUUGGGUGACACCAUUGGAGCCCAGGCCAACAGCAGCACUGUCUCUGUGACCACCGUUCCCAUGACAACUAUCACUGCAGAGACUGUGGUUCCAGAAUUCCAACCCCUUCUCUAUCCCACCGGCGAUAUCCUCAGCACCUGUACUCAGACGCCCACCCUCGCCCCAACACCCCUCCCACCUCACAACCCCUCGAACACACCUCCCCCUGGGAUGACCAAUCAGACAGACCCUCUCAAGUCCCAACCGGCAGCUGUCCCUCUGUCCUCCCGUCGAGCUCUGUCCCAUCUGAGUCGGGCUCGGCUGCACAGACAGAAGCUCAGCAGGUUCUCCUCCUGCUCCUUCCCCUCCUGCUCUUCCACCUCCUGCUCCUCUACCUCUCGCCAGGCACAGCAGCAGCAGAGACGGCUGGAGGAGAGCAGCUCCCUGCUGCAGGAGGUGCUGAGGAGGAAGGAGGAGCAGGCUGGUCUGGAGCAGGGGACCAGGAGCGAGGGCCGGGAGAGGAGGCGGGAGAGGAGGGAGGUCCGCAUGGCUGAGUCCUUGGGAAGGAUAGCCACCGCCCUGGAGCUUCUUUCCUCCAAACAGGACACUGUCAUCGCACUGCUGCAGAGGUUGGCUGACAGGAAGUGAUGUCAGGAACAAGUGCUCUUGAAUGGCAUUGCUCAGACACUGUUUUAAUGUUAUUUUUCCCCUGCCCCCCUCCCAUUCUAAAACUUUCGAUUGGAAAAUAAGACAUUGAUGACGAGGCCAGGAAUGAAUUAUAACAUGAAUUCGUAUAACAUGCUUGACAUUAAAUGUUGGACUUAUGGCUAAUGUUCACGUUGUUAAACCUAACCCUAGAGAAUCAACUCAGUGUUGUGACCACACAAACACCCCAUGUUUGGACAAUAAAUCACGCUUUAAGUUUCA